AUGACGAGAAGCCGUGCGAGACUUCCCCGAUACUUAUCGAGGCGCUUCUUCUCCAACGAUACCUCCGAGUCGUCUUUGCCAACCGCUUUUCGACGAGCUAGCCCACCUCCCCAAAUCCUAUGCCACACGUGUAGCUCCUCUGGUUUGGACGAUCUUGAACAAGGAUACUACACCCCGCAGCCAUCCAAGAGAGAGUGGUAUCUCCAGAAAACCAACUGGAUCAGGCCCCAAUGCCUCAGACUUCUUAUCCAACUUUUUCUAAUACAUAACCAUGAUAGCGAAGACUAUCGAAUCGAGGGGAAAUUCGCCGACCCAGAAGGUUCCAGGUACAUCGAUUAG